CGACAAAUCUUCCUAAGGCAGACAUUUGAAAUUAUGUCAAUAUUUUAUUUGGUUGUCAAGAUUAAAUUCUGGAAUGAUUUCUAAACAGAAAGUAUUUCUGCUAUAGUCGUUCAGAAUUGUGCAUUAUCAAAAUUGCCUGUUGCUUUUCACCUUAUUGUGUUAUUAAUCGUAUUCAUUUUUGUACGACUCUUCCUGGGCUGUGCAGUGAUCUGCAGAUAUGACGGAUUAUACUCUAUUCACUUGGCUGAUCUGUUUUGUUCCGUUUACUUUGUCCACAGGAGCCGAUUAAAGAUAGGUCAUUGCGGGUCGUUGUCCGUAGUAACUUAUCGGAUCUGUGCGACAUUUCUAUUUACAUAUCACAUCUGGUAGAUGCAGUAUAUCUGGUGUGUGGUAGUUGAGUGUUUACUUUUGUUAAGCUAUUAUCAUGUGACUGAUGUGACCCGUGUUCAUAGUAUACUACGAACAGUCAGUGUUCGAGUCAAAAACAUAUAAUCCAGGAACAUACGCACCCCGGAAGAUAUGUUCUAAAUUUUCAUUGAAACAGAAAUUGUUGAUACAUGCAGAUGAAUGCUUGUGUUAACAGUGACACAAUGAUUUUGUGAUUGUAUUUGCUGGCAAGAUGCAUGUAAGCUUCUGGUUUGAUACUGUAUAUCAAAAUUUUCUUUUUAAAGGCUUCAAUAUCACAUCUACUGGAGGCCUCAUAGGAACAUGUUUGGGAUUGGCAUCUCUAGCUUCUAUAUUGGAAGUUAUUAAGGUAUAUCGAGCUUCCAUUCAAUUGAAGCAUACUCAGAAACAUGAAAAUGAAAAUGAAAAUUCAAAUGUGAAUACAUCUGAAAGUCCUGAAGAAUCAGUGGCAAGAACGACAAAUGUCAGACGCAUCAGUAUCAAUAACAAGUUGAAAUAUCUUUCAGUUAAUACAUCUUGGUACACUCUUCAGGACACAAUUGGUUAUAUUGUUAUGCUGGCUGUCAUGACAUUUAAUGGAUACUUUACAAUAGCAGUGAUUUUGGGAAGUGCCUUUGGUUAUCUGGUUUUUGGACCAUGGCUCAUGGAAAUAAAACUCAAGGCAAGCACAGUAUGCAGCAAGCAACAGAAAUGUUCUACUUGUAUUGCUAAAAUGGAACGAUCGCAUUUGCUAUCUUCGUCUAGUGGUCACAUUUAUAAUGGCAGCACUAAUGACACCAAUUCUAGCAGCCUCAUGGAAGUGGCGGAAGGACUGGCGUCUGUAAUGCAAAGUAGCAGCGAGGAACGUGUUGCUGUGGAAGUGCAUUCGCAGGAGCAUUGCACAUAAAUUCUGUACUGUGUGACCACACUCUCAAAACAAAACACCAAUCGUACAUUAGGUGUUUGAAAUUUUAAGGGGUAGCUAAGAUUAGAGAGAAUUCUGCAGUUGAGGUGUUGAAAAGUUUUCAAUUUUGCUUUAUCCAGCAUCUGCCCUUUUACAAAAAAAAAAUGUAUAAAGAAAAUUAGUAGUACAAUAUUCUGUACUUCAAUACUCUGUGAUGAUAUUGUUUUAGUUUUUUUUCUCACAAGCAGUUACACAAAAUUAUACAAUCAUGUUUCUCAAAGACAAAUUUCAGAAUUUUUUCUGUCAUACAAUUGUUUUGGUAACAUUUUGAACCAAUAAUUAAUGAAAACCAGUGCCAAAUGAAGUAAAGAAAUUAAUUCUGAAUAUAAUAAUGCUGGUGCAUAAGAUAUUGCCCUUUAUUAUGAAAUGUUAGAAGUUUAUCUCGGUAUUAGUACUUUUCAAGAAGCAAUUCUAGAACGCUUUGAAACCAUACCCCAAGAUAAACUAUUUUUUUCUCUGACUGUUUUCUAGUCAUCAUCCAAAUAUUUGUUUGUAGAAGAUAAAUGCAUUCCAAAAUUUAAUUUGGUAAGAGUUAGUUUUUGGUAUUCAAUAGUGUACUUUUUGUUGAUUGAUUACCAGGAAAAUAUGUGAAUACGUGUUAACAUAGUUAACAUGGUUUUAUUCCUUCUUUGUAAGAAAGAAGAAACACUUUGAAUUUUGUGAGUUGCACAUGAAUAUAUGUUUAUAUUUCAGUUGCAGUAUUAAUUUUGACUAGCAUAAAUGUAAUGCAGCUAGUAACAAUCAAUUUG